GUGCAGGCUCCCGUUGAAAUAGAGUAGAGUAGAGUCUGAGUUCGUCAGGCCAGGUAGGAACGGCUGGUUUGCGUUUGGGGUGACUUAUGCGGGGGGAAAUGUAACAAGAAAAUAAAGCUUGAUAUGCAUAUUUGCACCGAGUACAUGUAUUUGGAACCAGGAGUUCUAACAGUUGAGCUACAGGGACAGCUGGCGUAGAUACAGGUGAUCAUAACGCGUAAGAAAUGGCGUCGGACGUGGGGCACACUGAAAGAACACUUUCUCUUUCUGACGUUCUUUGUUUUGACGACGUGAACAAGGCGCAUUCGAACAUGUUCUGCACCAACAAUAACAAACACGGAACAAUAACAAACACUACACUGCCCAUACCCUGUGGCAGAAGUAGACCUCUUAUCAACAGCUUCUAGCCUUUAUCGCGUUCAUGGCCGUCACAAUGUUUCCUGCUCCUCCAUUGGGUGAAGGUUCCCACAGCGCGUGGCUGCUCGACCGGCUUUACACCUUCCGGAGCCAGGGUUUCCAGUGUGACACCACCGUGGUGACAGAGGACGGGAUGAGGUUCGACGCCCACAAGGUGAUCCUGGCGUCAUGCAGCGCCUGGUUCCUUGGCAGGUUCUGUCUGGUGACGGAGCGGGAGACCCUAAUCCCCGUGCCCUGGUCAUACUUCGCCGUGGUGCUGGAGUACGCCUACGCCAGGACUUUCGCGGUUCCCGAGACCCAGAGGCAGGGGAUGGUCGAGGUCGCGAAGGCGCUGAGAAUGAGAGAGCUUCUCCAGCUUCUAGAGCAAGGUCAUGGCGACGCGAGCGUGCCUCAACAAGACCAACUGUUCCUCGUCACCCGCACGAGUGACGAGGCUCUGAAAUCCCUCCGCGCGCUGUUCGAGACGGGCGCUCUGUGCGACAUCCUGCUCCACUCUGCCAGCGAGGAGGACAGGAUCAGCAUCCCGGUCCACCGAGUCAUCCUGGCCGCCUGCGUCGACUUCUUCGCUAAGAAACUCCCGCGGAGCAAAGCUAAAGGCUGGAUAGUGAACGGCGUUCCCGACAAGCGCCUGAAGCCGUUUCUGGCGUACCUGUACACGGGCGAGUUCGACAUAUCCUCCCCGGCGGAGUGGAAGGAGGUGGCGAUGUUUGCCACUUACCUCGGUUGCACUACCCUUGUCGGUCAUUGUUGCAGGUUUGUGGAAAAACACGUGAGGCUGGAGAACAUAGUUCACGCCUUCAGGUUCGCCAGGCAGACGGGCUCGCUGGCCCUGACCCAGGCGGUGCACGCGGUGCUGGGCCGCCCGGACGUCUUCCGCAGCUUCGUGGACUCCGAGGUGUUCCUGGACCUGGACGCGGACGAGAUCGCGGAGAUCCUGCAGGAAGACACGCUGGCCGCGUUCUCGGAAGAGACUUUGUUCGACGUGGCGCUGCGAUGGAUCUUGUGGGAGAGUGAAAACAGGUAUGGUGCGCUACACCAUCACACGUGUUUACCUUUUGUUUUUGUAUCUGACAAUAAAAACAACAGACAGACGUGGGUCCGCUGCGCCGCGGAGUCGCUGGUGGUGCUGGGUGGCUGCUGCCUGACACCCGAGGCUCUGGUGGCGGACACCGUCCUCUCCGCGGAGGUCACGACUCUCCGGCACAACCAAGACAAGUGGACAGGCCUGACAAAGAUGCCUCUAUCGGGAGUAUACGGCAGUAAGGUCCGAGGGCUGCAGUACGCCUCCGUGGCCGUUCUGGACAACUUCCUGUACGUCGCCGGCGGGUUCCACGACUCGGGCGACUGCGGAGACCACGUGGACUGCACCGACGCCGUCAUGCGGUUCGACCCGAGAAUCUGCGUGUGGCACCGAGUCUGCGACAUGCUGUCGCCGCGGCGGCACUUCCAGCUCGUGGCCGUCAAUAAGUACCUGUACGCCCUCGGCGGAACGGUCUUCAGAGACCCCUACACGUCUGUAGAGAGGUACGCCCCGAGUCAGCGAUGCUGGCAGCACGUCUCGCCGCUGAUGGAGGACCCCGAUGCCUUCGCGGCCGUCUCCCUGGCCGGCUGGCUGAUGAUCUCCGGCGGGAGGGAGUUCGGCAUGGCGGCGGCCGUGAGGAGGGUGCGGGUGCUGGACCCCUACACCGGCUGCUGGGACGAGCGCUGCCCCAUGUGGACUCCACGGGCUAACCACAACAUGGUGGCUACAAGCAGGUACGUGUACGUGCUUGGCGGUGAGGUGCAGUUCUCGGACGACGCGGCUCCGUUCGCCCUGACAAUAAUGGAGCGGUACGACCCGUUCCCCAACCAGUGGACGGUGAUCCCGGGCGAGGCGCUGCCGAGGCUGGAGGCCGCCGCCGCCGUGGUGAACGACGACGUCUACCUGGUGGGAGGGUACGAUCCAGCCGAGCCGUUCGUGCCGAGCGACACGGUGCAGGUGUACAGCACAGCGGAACAGACGUGGCGGCUGGCGCCGAACAUGCCCCGGGGGCUGUUAGGAGCUUGUGCCUGUUCUCUGACCAUACGGGACGCUGACUUGUUCUGACACUAAAAUCACAUGAAGAAAAAUAUUCGAAUGUAUUGAUGUACAUAUUAAGCAUUGUAAAGAGUACUGUGUAUUGUAAACUCAGGUAUACAGCACAGGAGCGUGCGCCUGUUCUUUGACUUGUUCUGACUAGUAAAAUCGCUAGCAAGAAAAAUAUUCAGUAUAUUGAUGUACACUGUAUAUAUCUAGCGAUGUAAAGAGUACUCUCUGCCUUUGUCAAGUAAGUAUUUCUUAGUCUCAAAUGAUAUUUUAGUUUUACAUACAGUAACAAAAUAAAAAUGAUCACAAUCAUUUUUCUCGUGUUGUCAAGUAGCGACGCAGCAUUCUACACAAAACGUCAUGAAACAACGCCUAGGAUCUGUUCAUAGGAUGCGGUCGCCUCAUUGUUCAGCGACAUCCAUUGUUCAGCG